UGCUGCAGAAGUGAAGAAUUUUCAGGAUAGAGUGAGUGAUGGAGACCAUUUCAACUAAAGAACCUGAUCUGGAUAAAGCUGGAUUUAGAUUACUAACAUUGGAUAAUCCGGUAUUCUGUUGCUACUUGUUCUGGACAAGCAUAUUGAUUUUGAAAAUGCUAAUGAUGUCCAUAUUGACUGCUAUGCAACGUAUAGGCACGAAGACCUUCGCUAAUCCAGAAGAUUUAAAAAUGCGUACAACGGAUGAGGUAAAAUUUAAUGACCCAAACGUGGAACGUGUAAGGCGUGCACAUCGGAAUGAUAUGGAGAACAUUUUACCGCUCUUGAUCAUGACCUUGAUCUAUAUAGCAACAGGUCCGAAUGCAACACUGGCACGUAUUUUAUUUCGCAUUGCAGCCGUCUCACGUAUUGUGCAUACGCUGGUCUACGCUUUUCGACCCGUGCCACAGCCGACACGCGCCAUCACUUUCUUUACUACCUUCUUCAUCACGGCUUACAUGGCUUUCUAUGUUUCCAUACGCACUAUAACUUACAUCUAAGUUCGCGCUUGGGUGACGCUUAGAACAAAACGGCCAGACCGUAACCCAAGCAUGGUGAAGUGUGUUUUAUUCGUUGUUAUUAUAAACUUAUGCCAUAAUAGAAGCACAAAACAAAAACUUAAUAAAAGUGAAAA